AUGAAUAUGGAUCGAAGUUGGAUGAAUCAUAAUGGUGUAAAGGAUAGACAAAAAAAGGAGUACAUAGCGGGUGUUAAUGAAUUUCUACGGUUUGCUUUUAGGGGAAUAAGUGGCGAAACAAUGUUGAAAUGUCCUUGUCUUAACUGUAGAUUGGUUAUGUCACAAACUCGUAAAAAUAUGCUAUGUCACUUGCUAGUAUAUGGCAUUGAUCGUAGUUACAACCCAUGGUUGAGUCACGGAGAAAGUGUAGAGCAAAUUGAUAAAAAUAAAGAUCAAGGGUAUGUAGCAGAGGUUUCAGAUAAUGAGAGUGAGGAUCGUCCUUUUGAUGACAUGGCUUCAUUUGUUUUCGAUGCAACAAGCGCGUGGAAUUCUAUAAACUCUACAUCAAUCAAUGAAAAUGAAAGAACCACAUAUAUAGGAUCAAGUAGUGGCACUAGUGAAACUCCUAUGUUGCUCCAAAAAUUAGUGGAGGAUAUGGAGGCUGACUUGUAUCCAGGAUGUAAAACAUUUAAGAGAUUGGAGUUUAUUAUGUCAUUGUUGCACAUUAAAGUUAGCAACAAGUGGAGUGAUAAGUCUUUUUCAAUGUUAUUGAAUGCAUUGCAUAGGGCGUUUAAUUAUGAUAACAAUUUGCCUUCAAGCUCUUAUGACGCAAAAAAAUAUACUAAAGCGCUAGGGUUAGAUUAUGUUAAGAUUGAUGCAUGCGUCAACCAUUGUGUUUUAUUUAGAAAGGAGUUUGCAAAUGAAGUUAAAUGUCCUAAGUGUUCAGCACCUCGAUGGAAGCAGGAUAUUUCUCAAGAUGAUGAGAAUUCAGACGAUGAAGAUGAGGGUGUCCAUAGAAAAACACGAGUACCUCAAUUAGUCUUGCGCCAUUUUCCACUUAUUCCAAGGCUCCAAAGGAUGUUCAUGUGCUCCAAGCUCGCAAUGCACAUGCGGUGGCAUAAUAAAGGACAUGCUGGUGAUGAUGACGACAGUAUUAUGAGACACCCAAGAGAUUCAAAAUCGUGGAAGUCUUUAGAUGAGCUAUAUCCCGAAUUUGCUGCAGAUGCACGUAAUGUACGCUUGGCUUUAGCUAGUGAUGGGUUCAAUCCCGGGGCGAACAUGAGUAGUAGAUAUAGCAUAUGGCCUGUUAUGUUAGUACCUUAUAAUUUACCUCCUUGGAUGUGCAUGAAAAGUGACAACAUGAUGUUGUCAUUAUUAAUUCCCGGCCCUAAAUCUCCUGGUAAUGACAUAGAUGUUUUUUUGCAACCUUUGAUAGAUGAGUUGAAGGAAUUAUGGGAGAGUGGGGUACAAACCUUUGAUGCCCAUAGUAAGGAGACAUUUAAUAUGCGAGCAGUGUUAAUGUGGACAAUUAGUGAUUUCCCAGCAUAUGCCAAUUUGUCUGGCUGGAGCACUAAAGGGGCGAAGGCUUGCCCUAAUUGCCACAAAGACACAAAUUCCGAAUGGUUGAAACAUGGCCACAAAUGGUGUUAUAUGUGUCAUCGUGUUUUUUUAGAACCAGAUCAUAAGUGGAGACUUAAUAAGAGGUUCUUUAAUAAGAAAGUUGAAAGGCGCGCACCACCUAAUCCAUUAUCAGGGAAUGAUGCUUUGGAGCAGCUACAUGGAUACCCUAAUGUGGAAUUUGGUAAAGAUAAUAAAGGGAAACGAAAAAGAGGGGAAAGAUAUAUUGUUCACCAGUGGAAAAAGAUUAGCGUUUUUUUUCAAUUGCCUUAUUGGAGACAUCUGUUAGUUCGACACAAUUUGGAUGUGAUGCAUGUGGAAAAAAACGUUUGUGAAAAUAUAUUAGGCACAUUGCUUGACUUACCUGGAAAGAACAAAGACUCUGUAAAUGCUCGGUUGGAUUUAGAAGCCAUGAAAAUGCACGAUGAUCUUCGACCGAAGAAAGUAAGGGACAAGUAUCAAAUACCGCGAGCCCCUUUCAACUUGACCUUACAUGAAAGGAGGAAAAUUGUCACAUUUUUAUCGAAAUUAGCAUUCCCCGAUGGUUAUUCAUCUAACAUUUCUCGAUGUGCUUCUUUGCAAGAUGGAAAAAUCAUAGGAAUGAAAACUCAUGAUUUUCAUGUUUUCAUGCAAGAUUUGCUUACCCCGACCUUUCAAGGUGUCUUAGAUGAAAAAGUUUUAGAACCUUUAAGAGAGCUUAGUUUGUUUUUUAAGCAGCUUUGCGCUAAGACCUUAAAAGUAGCCGACUUGGAACGAAUGGAAGCAAAUAUAGCAAUCACAUUAUGUAAGCUAGAACGUAUCUUUGUUCCGGCUUUCUUUGAUGUGAUGAUUCAUCUUCCCAUACACUUAGCUACAGAAGCAAAAUUGGCUGGACCUGUGCAUUAUCGCUGGAUGUAUCGAUUUGAAAGAGCAAUGCGGACAUUUAAAUCAUUUGUACGGAACAAAGCGCAUCCUGAAGGUUCAAUUGCCGAAGGGUAUAUUCAGAAGGAAUUAUUAGUAUUUUGUGCUAGAUAUCUCUCUAAGAUUGAGACACAAUUCAAUCGUUUAGAUCGAAAUGAGGAUAUGAACUAUCCACAACUUCAUAGUCUUUCGGUGUUUUAUAACACCGGCAAGACAUUGGGGAAGCCAAAUUUAAAGCAAUUGAGUAUUGAAGAUUGGAGAAAAGCUCAAUUGUAUAAUGACAUAGGCCAUCGAGAUGUUGAAUUCUGCAAGUGGUUUGAGAAUAGAAUUAUACAACUUUGGGAAGAUAAGGAUGAACGAGUUACAGAAGAAUUAUUGUGCUUGGCACGAGGGCCAAUGAAGCGUGUUGUAACUUUUGAUGGAUAUGUUAUUAAUGGGUUUAGAUUUCACACUAAAAAGCGUCAAAGACAUCGAAAAACUCAAAAUAGUGGCGUUGUUGUAUUAGGGGAUGCAGAGAGUGGAGGGAAGGACUUUUACGGGACUUUAGAUGAAGUUAUUGUUCUGGAGUAUGAUGCCUUAGAAAACCGAACAAGUCCUAAGGUGGUAUUGUUUAGGUGUAAGUGGCUUGAUGUAUUCAGCGACGAAAGAGGGAUUAAAAAGGAUAAAUUUGGGUCUACGCUUGUCAAUGUUUCUCGUACAUUGCAAACAAAUGAACCUUUUGCAUUAGCCUUUCAGAUUGAACAAGUUUUCUUUAUCUCUUCUCAUGAUGAGCGACAUUGGAAAUAUGUAAUUAAAGUUAAGCCACGUAACUUUUUUGAUUUCCCUAAUGAUGAAGACGCUGAACAAAAUGAAGAUCUAUGGAAUAUUGUGGAAGAAGGAGCAACUAACCUUGAAGAGUUCACUGCACUUAGUGAUGAGGAAAUCAAUAUGGUAAGAGAUGAUGUUGAACCAGAGUUGGUUGAUGCAGAGGUCAUCUUAGAAUGUACUAAUAACAUUGUUGACACGGAUAAUGACGAUGAGCAAGAAGAGGAAAGUGAAGAGGAUGAUGAAGACGAUCUUGAUACAAGCUCUAGCGUGCAUGAGAUAGAUGAGAAUCUUGAGGAUAUAGAAUCUGACAGCGAUAGUUCUACAGAUUCCCCUUCUUAG